AUGGCAAUGUUUCCCGCGUGCCGCCGGGAAAGCGGGACGGGUGACUGGGAGGAUCGUGCCGGGCAAGACGAACGCAAUGCACAAGCUGGAAUGAGACGACAUGGAGUGAACGUUGAUAGUUGGCAACUAUACCAUUUGGGUUUUGCUGAUGACAUUAUUCUGAUAAAAUCCAGCAUCAGCGGAGCUGAACGAAUGCUGACUGAGUUCGACGAAAUUAAGCAAGCUGCGAGACAGUUGACCAUGUCUUCAUCAGUUAGGGGCAAAAACCUGUCGACACGUCAAUUGCUGCCUACUUUUGCCAACGCAAAAGUAGCGCAUAUACGAAGUAUGGGAUACGACAUAUAUUGGGAUCAAGAGAAAAGAUUAGUUUACAAGUACAGUGUCAGUUGGACAGAUGAAACGGACGAAGCUCACGCGAUCUGGAGAAGCAUUAUUAAGAAACUUAUAAAUUCUGGGAAAGUUGCAAUUAAAGUUCCUGUACGUUGUGAUGGUCCCUGUGGAGGGUAUACCGGUUUGGACCAGAUUUUUUUCGGAUUAUGUGAACAUUCGAUCUGUCGUAAAUGCUACGAAGCAACAGAUACAGUUGGUUAUGAUGGAUUUCGAACUUGCUGCAAUGCGGAAUGCAUGAGGUUGGCAAAAGAAGCGAGAAGUCGAAAGAGAAGCGCUAAAAGUUCAGAGAAAACGAGUCCAAAAGAAGCUAAGAGUGAUAUUUCAUACACUAUGAAAUAUGAUAAUAAGGAGCUUCAAGAAGCUGUUGAUGCAAUGGAAAAAGCGCAAAAGUCCCAUUUCUCUCAUAGAACUGACACUUCUUCGUCUUCAAAUGAACCAGCUUUUCCCCAGUGUUAG